GUCUGCAAGCGCUGUGCAGAGAUGCAGGUGGCAAAUCCCUUGGACAAGUACAGCGUGUCUACUCUUGAGUUCAACAAGACCCUUGCCCAGUACGAGGAGGAUGCCGCUGUGCAGAGUGCUAUUGCCGCCCUGAUGGGUGCCCCUCCGGGUGGUGCUGCGGCUGUGACCGAGGCCUCCUCUAGCCUGACUCCCAAGAAGCUGCUGGACAUCCACAAGUUCAUGCUCUCUGAGUACGAGAAGCUUGCCGGUGCCGACAAGGCAUCCAAGGAUGCCACGGUGCUGAGCUUCGCGGCGCAGGCCUAUGUGGCGGGAAAGACGGAAGCGCAGUUCAAGAUCGCCUCGAAGGACAUCGAGGACGCCAUGCUGACUCACGAGGGCGCGCUAACCAGCGAUCCGGAAUUUGCUGCCGUGAACAAAAAGCUGCAGCAGGCGAUCGCCAAGCUUCUCGGUUAG